UGGCAGUACAGAUUAUGAAAACGUAAAUAAACAAAUCAUGAACACGAUUUUGACCCUAAUACCAUAGUAUCUAUUAAAACUGAUUUAAUGGUUAUACAAUAUUAAUUAAAACUUAUAAAAUAUUACUAGGAAUCAUGGAAAUUCGUUGCUUAAUCUUUUAUUGAUCUUCGAUUUCCAUUAUUUUAUUUCUUCAUUUAUUUUUAAGAAUUUUAUCUAGUGUCAAUCUUGAAAAUAAAUUGUUCCACUAAUUUUUUGUCAUUAUACCGUAUUACAUAUUUCCUUAUAAAUAUGCAAACAUCAAGCAGCAGUUCAUCGAAAAAGAGAUUUAUUGAGUCUUCUUCUUUUUAUACGAAUUGUCAAGAGAAGGAUCCAUUUUCUAAAUUCAAAAUUGAUGAUUGUAGUUUUUUAGAAAGCGUACCAAAUCGUAGCACUUGUUCUAAGUGUCAUAGAUCAAGAAAAUAUUAUUGUUAUACUUGCUAUGUAGCAGUGCAAGAGAUUUCCGAUAGAUUACCACACGUGUCUCUGCCAAUAAAAAUUGACAUAAUAAAGCAUCCUAAGGAGGUCGAUGGUAAAAGUACUGCUGCACAUGCUGCUGUUUUAGCUUCAGAAGAUGUAACAGUGUACACAUAUCCAAAUUUUCCCACUUAUAAUUAUGAUGAGGUUCUACUUAUUUUCCCGGGUGAAUCUGCUAUUCCUUUUCAUGAAUGGUGGAGUUCUACUGUUUUAUCAAAAAGGCAGAAUAAUUUUCUGAAAAUAAAUCCAGAGCAAAAAAGCAUACAUUUUGAUGAUGCAGAUGUUGAAAAACCAACAAAAGAAGUGAAUUGUCCUUUGAAACGAAUAAUUUUUAUUGAUAGUACAUGGAGACAAUCAAAAGCAUUACAUAAUGAUUCAAGGUUAAAAAAACUCCGUUCAGUAUUUCUCGAUGAUCAUAAAUCCUUGUUUUGGCGAUACUAUCGCGAAAAGAAAGAAACUCACCUAUCUACCAUUGAAGCUAUUUACUACUUUAUUGUGGAACUGCACAAUCUAUUGCAACCGGAUGUGCCUUAUCAUGGACAAUAUGAUAACAUGCUAUUUUUCUUUAAGUUUAUGUACUAUAAAAUCAGAACUUUGUACGAUCCUUUAAAAUUGAAAGCUUAUCAAAAUUCGACAGUGUUAACGAAAUAGAUCUGCUUUUGUACUAGCAAUAAAGUUUUUUAUUUCUUGA